CGACUAGUAGUACCUGACCCUCAGCCCGUCCACUCGUUGCACCAUUCACUUGCUGCGCAUUGAUUUUGGCCGCGAAGAUGUCGACCACCACCGCGACGGCGAUUCAAAGCUCUCGCCCCCCCAUCAUCCCCAAGGACUUCUCCGCGCAACAACCCAAAACCAUCCGCCUGUACCCCCUCUCCAACUACACAUUCGGCACCAAGGAGACCCAACCAGAGGAAGACCCCUCGGUGCUGGCGCGUCUAAAACGCCUGGAGGAGCACUACGAGGAACAUGGCAUGAGACGCACCUGCGAGGGUGUCCUCGUCUGUCACGAACACAACCAUCCCCACGUGCUGAUGCUGCAAAUUGCCAACGCGUUCUUCAAGCUGCCCGGCGACUACCUCCACUUCGAGGACGACGAAGUCGAAGGAUUCAAGAAACGACUCAACGAGCGUCUUGCGCCGGUCGGCUCACAGUUCUCGGGCGAAGGUGUCAACGAAGACUGGGAGAUUGGUGACACGUUGGCGCAAUGGUGGCGGCCGAAUUUCGAGACGUUCAUGUACCCGUUCCUGCCGGGACAUGUGACUCGGCCGAAGGAGUGCAAGAAGUUGUAUUUUAUUCAGUUGCCCAAGAAGAAGGUCCUCUCGGUCCCGAAGAACAUGAAACUCCUCGCGGUCCCACUGUUCGAACUAUACGACAACACGGCACGAUAUGGUCCGCAGCUCUCGGCCAUCCCGCAUCUGCUGUCGAGAUACAACUUUGAGUUCGUGGAUGAGAAUGAUAACGUGGUUGCAGCGACGCCGGGGACGCCGUUGCCCGAGCAUCAGAUUCCCCGGACCAAGGUGCUGGCCGGGGAGAGCGGCGAUGGACAGGAUGAGGGAAUGACAGACUACAAUGCCGAGGGUGAGAACGGAGCUAGUGCGUAGAUUGUCAGACGCAGGAUGCGUGUGCUGGUCUGAAAGGAAUUGUCCGAUGAUUCCCCGUGGACACCUACCUACCUACCACCUACUCCCCUGCUGAUCUCCUCGGGUGAUUUUCCUAUUCCAUUAUUCUAUUCAAAAGACAUGAUGUUUGUUUGUUCUGACUGGCGUCUGAGGAGCGAGCUGUUUUAUUUGCUACUUUUUUUUUUGUGAGCUAUUACUGUCAAUAUCCAUCAAGUACUACCUCGUCGUAGAC